AUGGAGAAUCCUCCCACACAUGUCUCGAUUGCGCCGUUACUAAAAAAGCUCUCCGCCCCAGCACCACAGAACAACGACGUCGACGUGGAAGAUAUAGCACUAGCAUUCUCGAGGACGUUUGAGAAUCGACUCACCACGACGCAGCUGGCAGCGCUUUUGACCUUACUACAUUCCAGCGGCAAGGAUAGACACCCAGAUGUCAUUGCAAAAUGUGCACAGGCAAUGCGAGAUGCGGCGGUCUUUUUCGACAAGCAGAAAUUGAAAAAGGCGGUGGGAAAGAGGAGGCGCAAACUGGGAGAAUACAGAGGAGGCUUAUGUGACAUUGCUGGCACAGGAGGCGACUUGCAUUCUACCUUCAACAUCUCCACUACGUCCUCAAUCAUUGCUUCGCCAAUUUUGAUCAUGGCGAAGCAUGGCAACAGAGCCCAGACAUCCAUGUCCGGAUCCGCCGACGUCCUCAAUGCUAUACUUCCCACACCACCCAAGAUCGAAGCCCUCACCGCCGAGCACCUCGCCGACGCAUAUGAGCAUACCAACUACACCUUCUUGUUUGCGCCCAACUUCCACCCAGGAAUGAGAUAUGCUGCCACCGUAAGGCGAGAGUUGGGCCUGCGCACGAUAUUCAACCUGUUGGGCCCUCUGGCGAAUCCUGUCGACGCGCAUAUUGAGACUCGACUGUAUGGAGUGGCAGACCAGAAGCUGGGGCUAAUCUAUGCGCAGGCGUUGCUCCUGUCGGGCGCGACGAAGGCAUUGGUAGUCUCUGGCCAGGAAGAUCUGGACGAGAUCAGUUGCGCUGGGAAGACAAGCUGCUGGUUACUAAGAGAAUCGAAAAACCCCGAAUACAAAGGGAAUUUUGAUGACGAGGAAGACGACGGCACAAGCGACGACGAGGCACCUCCGAAAUACGUGGCCAAGAUCGAGAAGUUUGAAAUCGAACCGGCUGACUUCGGUCUUCCUGCACACCCAUUGUCCGAGGUUGGAGGCGGCAAACUCCCAAGACAAAAUGCCGAGGUUUUGAUGAGCAUCUUGCGCAACGAGAGAAGCCCGGAUGACCCCAUCUUACAUUUCGUCUUGAUGAACGUCGCGGCGCUCCUUGUUGUAAGCGGCGCUUGUGAAGCAGAUACUUGCGAAAGCGGCGAAGUCAUCAAAGAGCGAGGGCCGGCAGGAGGACGAUGGAAGGAGGGUGUCAGGAAAGCCCGCUGGUGCAUAGAGAGCGGAAGAGCCUUGGAUGAGUUUCAAAAGUUCAUAGAUUUCACCAACAGUUUAUAG